AUUAUACAUAUGUUUUUAAUUAAUAAUUUGUUGUUUCAGUUGUAUUUUCUAUUUAAAAAUAAUGGAACCAAAAUCGGAAGAGAAAAAGAUCGAUCCCAUUAUUGUACAUUUGGGUGACAUGGGACGUUAUCAAUUUUGGUUUUGUAUGUUGAUAUUUUUAUCUAAAUUUCCAACUGGUUGGGUGCAAGUAGGUCAUGUAUUCUUGGCCGCGCCAACAAAUUACACUUGCGUUGAUCCCGAAGGUGCUGAUCCAUGUGAGAAGGAGUGCAAAACGUCUGAAUACGAUCGUAGUGUUUUCGAAGAGACCAUAGUAACACAGUUCGACCUGGAGUGUGGCUACAAGUCGUGGGUGAGUUUCUCACAGACCAUGGUCAUGUUCGGCAUAAUGCUAGGUAAUAUUAUAUUUGGAAUAUUGGCUGAUAGAUAUGGACGUAGACCUUUGUUUGUAACUGCUUGUGUGCUACAACUGAUCACGGGUGUAACGGUGAGUUUUGCUGAAUGGUUUUGGUUCUAUGUGCUGUUCAGAUUUCUAGCUGGUUUAUCUACCGGGGGUACCAUGACAACCAGUUUUGUUCUCAUAAUGGAAAUUAUUGGAGUGAGUAAACGAGAGAUCAUAUCCAUACUGUAUCAAAUUCCCUUUAAUUUGGGUCAUGCUUCAUUGCCUUUGCUCUCGUAUUUUUUACGACACUGGAGGUGGUUCAAUUUAAGUUAUUCCUCAUUCUCAGUUGUAUAUCUAAUAUACAUAUGGCUAUGCAUUGAAUCGCCUCGAUGGUUGUUCACGACCGGACGUCUCGAAGAGGCUAUUCCAUUACUGGAAAAAAUCGCACGAGCUAAUAAAAUGCCUACUGAACGAAUAAGGCCUGAAAUCGAAGAGGCCUACCGAACCAUGUCUUCUAAAGCCACUCCUAAGAAAGGCAAUCUAUUUGAUUUAUUUCGUUCGCCUAAUCUGCGCAAGAAAACUAUCAUCAUGGCCUAUCAGUGGUUAAACGUUUGUGCUGUUUACUUCGGUGUCUCCCAAUACAUUUCCAAACUGGCUGGUAAUAUAUUUUUAAAUGUCGCCAUAGGAGGCUUUCUCGGUAUACCGGGCACCAUAAUCUGUGUCUUUAUGACAAAAUACUUGGGCCGUCGUCUCACUCUGAUCAUUUCUACUUUUAUUAGUGCCGGCGGUUUAUUGGUCAUAGCUAUGUUCCAGCAUUUAAGUUCGAUUCUAGUUGUGGCAUUUGCUACUAUUGGCUUGGUUGGUGCCGCCAUAACGUUUCCCAAUGUUUAUCUUUAUGCGGGUGAAAUAUUUCCCACUUUAGUGCGUUCGAAUGGAGUAGGCAUGUGCUCCUUUUUCGGACGCGUUGGUUCAAUGUUGGCACCAUUUAUAUCCGAGUUAGCAGAAGUGUAUUAUUUUCUACCCCCACUAAUUUUUGGCACAGUUUCAUUAUUGGGUGGAAUUUUAACAUUUUUUCUGCCAGAAACUCGAGGAUUUCCACUUCCUGAGACUAUUGAGGAUGGUGAAAAGUUCGGCAAAAAGGAACGCAACGAAUAACCAUUUUUAUGUUUAAACAAUUUGUAAACGGCAAAAUAUCUGGUAUAUAUUUUUAUUAAACAAACAAAUUAAUUUAAAAAAUU